AUGCCCAAAUCCACCGGUCCCCUCCAAGAACAACUCGGCCUCGGCACAGCAAACCAAUCCACACCCAACAUGUCCGGAAACAUGACCGACAACACCACCGCCGCAGCAGACAAGCUCGGCGCAAACAAGGGCACAAAUGCGAUUCCUCAGUCGAACCCUAGUGUGAUUAGCAGUGCGGGUGCGAUUGGCAAGAACUUCAACCCCGACGGCGCAAUCGGCCAAAUCGGCGAGAAAGUCGGUGGUCCAUUCAGCAAGGACGGCGUGAUUGGAAGCCAGUUCGACGCGAGCAAGAAUGGAAUCGCAGGGCAUGUAGAAAGGGCUGUUGAUGGACCGAGCAAUCCUGCUGGAAGCUCAAAGUAA